UCGUCCGUUCCGGAAGCGAUCCGAAACGUUCAUCGUGGGCAGUACACUGUACAGGGAAAGUGUUGAUGCUAAGAAGGUAAACACACGCUUCAGGUGUAAUCGCGGCGUGUGAAAACUUUCUGCAGCUGUCGGCCGGUGGCAGAGUUUAGAACCAAGAUGUACACAACCAAAACAACCCGUACAGUUCGUACGUUCUACUCGGAUGGGCGUGGCCCACCCAAAGUGGAGACCAAAACCUUCACUUAUGGUGGCGAUGGGGGUUCAUCAGUUAAUGGAGGAAUUAAUAUCCAGGGUGGAGGCGGACGCUUCCGAAUUCGAAUGGGCGGGGGUGGAGAAGAUGGGGGUGACCAGCCUAGCUACAGCGCCCCAGCCUUCUCGCAAAGACCACAGGUAAUCGGCAGGCCCUCCAGAAAGGAUAAGAAGGACCCGUUCUCUGGGGUUAUCAACCAGAGUUAUGAUGAGAUUAAAAAGAGAUGUCAAGAGGAGGGAUGCUUAUUUGAGGACCCUGAGUUCGACGCUGAAGAUUCCUCCAUCUUCUUUAGCAGGGCACCCCCUCGUCCAUUUGAAUGGAAAAGACCACAUGAGAUUUGUGACAACCCUGUGUUUAUUGCGGAUGGAGCCAGUCGAUUUGAUGUGCAGCAAGGAGAGCUUGGUGACUGCUGGCUCCUGGCUGCCAUUGCCUCUCUAACCGUGAAUCAGCGACUGUUUGCGAAGGUGGUUCCUCCGGACCAGAGUUUUGAGGAUGGCUACUGUGGGAUGUUCCGCUUCCAUUUUUGGCGGCAGGGCGAGUGGGUGGAGGUGGUGGUGGAUGACCGUCUGCCCACCUACUACGGCCAGCUGACCUUCAUGCACUCUGUAGACAAGAAUGAAUUCUGGAGUGCAUUGCUGGAGAAAGCUUAUGCCAAAUUGGAAGGCUCGUAUGAGUCUCUGAAGGGUGGCAGCACCUGUGAAGCCAUGGUGGACUUUACAGGGGGUGUGUCCGAGUUCUUUGACCUGCGUAAAGCCCCGCCCAAUCUGUUCAGCAUUAUGUUGAAGGCCAGUCAAAGAGGCUCCCUGAUGGGCUGCUCCAUUGAUGCUGACCCCAACCAACUUGAAGCUCGGUUAGCUAAUGGCCUAGUGAUGGGCCAUGCCUACAGUAUCACUUCUGUCAUAUUGAUGGACAUUGAGACCCCCACCAUGUCGGGAAAGAUCCCAAUGGUCAGGAUCAGGAACCCCUGGGGUAAUGAGGCUGAGUGGAAGGGCAGAUGGAGCGACCAGUCGAGAGAGUGGUCCCUGAUCCCAGACUCUCAGAAGGACUCCAUUGGUCUGACCUUUGAUGACGAUGGAGAAUUCUGGAUGUCUUUUGAUGACUUCUCCAAAAAUUUUGAGAAGUUGGAGAUCUGUAAUUUGGGACCUGACUCCCUGGAGGAGGAUGAGCUGGACGGGAAGAAGAGAUGGGAGGGGCACACAGAGAAUGGGGAGUGGAUCCCCAGGGUCAAUGCUGGGGGCUGCAGAAACUACCUUGACACCUUUUGGACAAACCCCCAGUAUCGUGUGACCUUGACCGACCCUGAUGAUGAUGAUGACGAUGACCUCUGUACCAUUUUGGUGGGCGUUUUACAGAAAGACAGAAGAAAGAAGCGCAAGGAAGGACUAGACAUGUUGACCAUUGGAUAUGUCAUUUACAAGAUACCAGAAGGAUCUGGGGCGGGCCCUCUACCCUUGGACUUUUUCAAGUACAAUGCCUCGUGCGCCAAGUCUAAUAAUUUCAUCAACAUGCGGGAAGUUUGCACCCGACACAAGCUUCCCUCGGGACAGUACUGUAUCAUUCCGUCAACGUUCCAGCCUCAUCAGCAGGGAAACUUCCUGUUGAGACUUUACACUGAGCAGAGGGCUCACAGCCAUGAAAUGGAUGAAGAAACUGGAAUUAUUGAAGAUCAGGGACAAAAACCUAAACCCAAGGUCAAUGGCCAGAAAAAGCGUGUGGAACACUCUGUCUCCCCCUUACCAGGCACUAACUGCACCAGACCCGAAGCCCUAGCAUUCCUUAAAAAAGCCUUACGAGAAAUUCCGCCACCUACAGAGGAGGAACAGGAACAAGAGCAGGCCCUCAAGGCGAGCUUCCGCCGGGUGGCGGGGGAGGACAUGGAAAUAGAUGCCUACGAACUCCGAGACAUCCUGAAUGCUGUGUUUACAAGAGAAUUCGCCUUUGAUGGUUUCUCCAUAGAUGUUUGCAGGAGCAUGGUGGCCAUGCAUGAUGGUGACCUGUCAGGAAAGUUAGGAUUCGAUGAAUUCAAAGUUCUUUGGGCUGAUUUAAGAAGAUGGAAGGGAGUGUUCAAGGAGUAUGACAGAGACAAGAGUGGUAAUCUUAGUUCCUACGAGCUGAGAUCCGCUCUCCACGCUAGCGGUUUCCGCUUGAGUAACAGGACAUUCAGUGCUCUGGUCAUGAGGUACAGUAGCAAGGAUGGAAACGUGGAGUUCGGAGACUUCAUCCUGUGUGCCAUCAGAAUGAAGACCAUGCUGGCCUCUUUCAAGAACAUUGAUGUGGAAAAUUCUGGGCAUGCUGCAUUUGAUCUGGACAGUUUUAUCCAGACAGUAAUGUACUCGUAAACCGUGGGAGUUUUCCUUCUGAUGUGCUUCUGCUGCUGAAAUUGGAAGCGUCCAAACUUUUUGCUGAUGAACAAAAAUCCUUGCGGAUAUUAUUUGAAAUCUAAGCAAAUACAAUAACAAUUCAUUUCUGUUGAGUUGUUCCCUGUUAAUUUUUGUUGGUUAUAUUAUAGGGUUAAUGCUUCUUGCAGUUUUCUAUACAUGUAGUGUUUCUGUUAGCUAAGCAUGAACUACUGGUGGAAUAUUAAAUUAUCAUGUUUGUUUAGACUUUAGCAGCAGAACAGUGCAAUAACUGUUGAUACCUCAAGAGUUUAAGAAGAUGUUACUUGUAUUUUGAAUCUCCUUUCUGUACAGCCUUAGAUCUUAAUAUAAACGCUUACUACAUAUCCCUUAUUCUUCCUUUUAUGUCAUUUAUAUUUUGUAUGUGUAUGUCUCGUAGAUUGCUUUCUUUUGGAGGUCAAGGGUUAUUUUCCUCUGUUAAUUUUUACACCAAUGUGUAUUUUUACCAUCUUUUUUUUAUUAAAUAUUACACCUUUAAUUCAGGUUAUUUAAAAAAAAAAUUUCAACCGUUUAACAUAUAUUGUUAAUAUUGAAAAUUUUAUUCCUUUGAGUCACCAAAAGUUUUGUACAGCACAAUUGUGUAUAUGAUUCCCUUUAUGGGUGCCUCAACUGUAUUGGAUUUAUUUUGUAUCUUCUAAUAUUAUGAUAUUUUUCAUGGUGCUGAAGCCAAUUUUGCCUAAUUUUUGGAUACAUCUUAAAUGAAUACUCUAAGAAUUGGGAAUGUUCCACUUUUCUUGUCACGGUUCAAAUGCAUUUUUUCUCAAUUUUGUUUUACUCCUUAUUAAUGACACUGUUCUUAUUUACCGUAUAUACACCCACUAUUUGAUUGGAACUGACUUUGUAGAUAUUAGAUGUUGUCAUAACUUCUUGUUUUAUAUUUACAUAUAUUUACAAUGUUGUCAUAGAACUGGCAAGACAUUUGGUUUUGGGGCUGGUUAUUGUUGGUAAUGUUAUGUUACAACAAAUUUGUCCGUUCACAUCUGUUGCAGAACCCUAAAAUACGGAAUAAAACCAUUUGUCUGA